AUGACGACUGCACCGGAUGCUGGUGCUAUUCUCGUCGACGGAGUUUUGCGCGAUGCGAGCCGAUCUGCUUCUCCUUCGUCUUCCUCGGCGAAAGGAUUUGGAAACGACACGGAGGAAUGUGCCCGAGAAGCCAAAAUGGAAAAGAGAAAGGUUAAAUCACCCUUGAUGGGUGUUUCGUGGGCUCGUGAGGUGUCAGAAAAAAAUAUAAGACAGCUGGGUAACGAGAACUGGUCAGCAGGGCCUGUUGAUGGUGCACAGAAUUACACCUCUCUUGAUAUGACAUAUGUUUUGCCUGAAAAGGAGGAUGGCCAUCAAAUGAAACGGCAGAAAACGGAAUCGUUUCUUGCCCUGAGUCUUUGCCAACGGUACUCGUUUGGCGAUCACAACGAGCUGACGUCGGGCCUGGGAACUGCCCUUGACGUGCAAGACGAUGGCCGAAGAAGAAAGUCGAAGCAAACUGGAUCCAAUCUUCCUGGGGUUCACAAGUCAGCGCAUCCGUUUCGCAGUGGAGAACCUCGUUGGUGGCGAGAUCUGUUCGGCUUCGUGGUCCAGGAAUAUGAAACAUGCUUUGCUGGCCUUCUGCACGGCGGCGAGAACGCCAGAAACAUCCCUGGCCGAUCUAGAAGGCAAAAGACUGGCGCUAUCCAUGUGCAUUUGGAGACUUGGCCCAGCGGGCCAGCACACAGCCAAUGA